UGGAUUUACAUUUGUCAUGAAGUUGGUUGCUUUUUGUGGAUGAGGGCUGGGAGCGCGUGUGACCAACUUAACAGUUUCAGUGUCAAAAAUAAGAGUUUUCGCAGAGUUUACAAAUUUUCAUUGCGCUCAAAAUGCAAAUUAAUUGCAUUAUUCGCUAACAUUUUGAUGUGCCACACGCAGUAGAUUGUUGUUCGGUGUCUGUGGAGCAUAAAUUAGUGGAUGUUGUGAGAUAUUGUGGGUGAUACGCGGACAAUGAAGUCGACGAUUCUUUUUCGUUCAGCUCAUGGCGUCGUUCGGAAGAACCGAUUGCGGGGGGAGGGCAAUAAUACCGUUGGAAGAGGGGAAACAACUCCGGAAGUGCAGGAAUGCAGUCAUACGACAGUUAUAAAGGAUAUGUGCGCCAAUUGUGGUGCUGAUUUGAGACAAAAUGAAAAGGGAAAUUCAUCAGAGGCAUCAGUUCCGAUGGUACAUUCAGUGCCGGAGCUGAAAGUGACACAGCAACUGGCCCAGGAACUCGGUCAGGCGGACACGGAGCGUCUACUGAGGGACAAGAAACUCGUGCUACUUGUUGAUCUCGAUCAAACCCUCAUUCACACGACAAAUGACAAUGUUCCCAACAAUCUCAAGGAUGUGUACCACUUCCAGCUGUACGGACCCAAUUCACCGUGGUACCACACACGCCUACGUCCGGGAACACCGCACUUCCUCAGCCGUAUGGCGCCCUUCUUUGAGCUGCACAUUUGCACAUUUGGCGCGCGAAAUUACGCUCAUAUGAUUGCAACGUUCUUGGAUGAGAACGGAAAGUACUUUUCACAUCGAAUCCUGUCGCGGGAUGAAUGUUUCAAUGCCACCAGUAAGACGGACAACCUGAAGGCACUCUUCCCCUGUGGCGACUCAAUGGUGUGCAUCAUUGACGACCGCGAGGAUGUGUGGAAUAUGGCUGCAAACUUAAUCCAAGUGAAACCCUAUCACUUUUUCCAGCACACCGGCGAUAUAAAUGCCCCUCCGGGAUUGGAUAAACACGAAUUAGACGGGAAGGGAGUUGAUUUUAAUGAACUCCAAAAUCAAAUUCAUCGGAAGCAGGAAGAAAAGACAGUGGAAAGUCCUGAAAAGGGAGACGAUGAUGAGUCCAAGGGAAAGAAAGUUGAUCACACUGAGAUCUCUGAGGAAAAGACAAAGGAAGAUGAGGCAGAAGAGACCUCAGUUAAGGGAAAAAAUCAAGAGAAACCUCAGAAGGAAGAAGAGCAGGAAAAGUCUGACGGAGAAGACAGAAAGGAGGAAAGAAUUGAAGAGAAAGUAGAGGAAAAGAUUGCAGAAAAAUCUGAGAAGAAGUCUGAUGAAAAGGAAAAAGAAGAAGCAACGAAGGAAGAAGAAUCAACGACUGAUGAAAAGGAAGAAAACCCAAAAACAGACGAAAGUUCUCCAUCUCAGGUGAAAAGUAGGGAAGGAAGUACAUGCCCAGAGGAGAUUAAAGAAGAUCCACAGAAGGGGAAUAUGAGGAAAACUUCCACAUCCGAAACGGAGGAUAAUUUAAUUGAAAUUGAAGAUCCGGAUGAUUAUCUUCUCUACCUGGAGAAUAUUCUGUUGAAGAUUCACAGGAGAUUCUACGAGUUGUAUGAAAAGACUGGCGAAAUACCCGAUUUAAAAGUUCUCAUCCCGCGCAUUCGUUCCGAGGUGCUCGUGGGGAAGAAUAUUGUCUUUUCGGGGCUUGUUCCAAAUCGAAUGCGACUGGAGCAUAGCAAAGCAUUCCAGAUUGCCCGGAGUUUGGGGGCAAAUGUCACGCAAGAUCUCACACGAGACUCUACGCACCUUGUGGCUGCUGCAUCGGGUACGCAGAAGGUAAUUGUGGCCAGGAAGCGUGCUGAUGUGCAAAUUGUCUCGCCUGAUUGGCUGUGGUCGUGCGCCGAACGGUGGGAACAUGUGGAUGAGCGAGUUUUCCCAUUGGAUCCCAACAAUCCGUCCAAGAUGCGUCAACCACCGCCGCAUUGCCACAGCCCAGAACACGUGGUGAGCUAUGGGGAUCGCGCCGAUACGUCAUCCGAGAGUAGUGAACCCAAAUUCAUGGACACCAUCAAUCCACUACUUAGCUUCUCCAAAUCCGACCUGGCGGAGAUGAAUAAGGAGUUUGAUCAGUUUUUUGACUCAGACGCCGACUCUUCCAGUAGCGAUGAAUCCGUGGACAUUGAGAAUCCGCCGGAGAAUAAGAACGUCCGGAAGAGGCGGCGUCAGGAGGAGGAGGAGAAGCGAAAACGGAUGGAGGAAGAGAAGCUACGGAUUGCAUUUGAGGCCAACGAAGAAAGUGUCGAUAAGACGGAAAAUAGCUCCGAGGAUGACGAUGAGAUGCCUAGCACCAAAUUUCGACGAGGUGAGGAUUUGCCAUCAGAUCUGGAUAUUGGUUCCAACAACGGGAGUGAAGGAAGUGAAAAUCCACUAGAUGAUGAAGAUGAUGGAGAUUGGAAUAUGAUGGGAGCCGCAUUGGAGCGUGAAUUUUUGGGAUUAGACUGAAUAAUAAAGAGAUUUGAGUUCAAAUCAAUUAAA